GAUAAUGCUCAAUUGCUCAUUCACACUAUCUAGAGACUGGAGUUCAACAUCUUGUCUUCAAACUUACCCAAUUUCUCUACUCUGAAUUAUUGUAGCCAUGGAUCCCAAAGAUGUUGAGAUCUAUGGCAUGUUAGGCUUUGAAUGCAACCCAGACGGUUCAAUCACACGUCAACGAGAACUUCCUUCCACCUUCGAGCCGACAUCCGCCAUUGAUCCUUCCUUAGUCCUCGCAAAGGACAUCUCCAUCAACCAAUCCAAAAGCAUUUGGGCUCGAAUUAUCUUACCCAGAAACGCUGUUGAUUCUCAGCCUCUAUCCAAGCUGCCCCUCAUAGUCUACUUUCACGGUGGAGGAUUCAUGGUGUGUAAAGUCGACACGCCCAACUUUCAAGAUUUCUAUCGCCAUAUCGCCACUGAAGUAUCUGCGGUGGUAAUCUCCGUUGAGUACCGCCGCGCGCCGGAGCACCGGUUACCGGCGGCCUACUAUGAUUGUAUGGAAGCACUGUAUUGGAUAAAGAACAGCGACGAUGAGUGGCUCGCAAAAUACGUUGACUUUUCUAGAUGUUUUCUGAUGGGCACAAGCGCCGGUGGCAACAUAGCCUACCGGGUGGGUAUAAGCGCAUCAUCGUUUAGUACGGAGCUGAAGCCAUUAGAGAUCAGAGGGCUGAUAUUACACCACCCAUAUUUCGGAGGGAAAGAGAGGACCGCAUCGGAACUAAGAUCGGUGGAUGACAAGCUUUUUCCUUUGCGCCUAAAUGAUCUGAUGUGGGAGACGGCACUUCCGGCCGGCGCUGACCGAGAUCACGUUUACUGCAAUGCGGUGGUGGAGAUCCGGUCAAAUCCCGGCAUGUUUGAUCAGGUGAAACCUCUGGGGUUGAAGAUUAUGGUGUCGGGUUGCGGUGGGGAUCCAUUGGUUGACCGCCAAGUUGAGGUUUUGAAUGCUUUGAGAGACGCCGGCGUGGAAGUGGUGGGCAGGAUUAUUGAGGGAGGCCACCAUGGCCUUGAAAUUGCCGAUCCAUUGAAAGCUAAAGAGUUGUGUAUUGCGAUAAAGGAGUUUGUAGCAUCAUAAUUUGUUCCGUCGAAACCUAUUUUCACCAGUUCAAUCUUCACCGACUGUAGCUGCCUUUGGUGGUCAAGAAUAUUGAAAAUAAUAUAAAUAAAGUCGGCUUUGUAAUAUUACUUCAACUAGUAUGUCACAUGUCACUCCCCAUGUUGAAUAAUUAUAUUAUUUAUAAAA